UCGCGAACGGUCGUAAUGACAAGGACGUGGUAAACCGCGCAGAAACAGGUGUGCGGCUGGCAGAGGGGGCAGAUAACUAUACUGCCUCACACAUCGGGCGUAAAGAAACCACCAUUCAGAGGGAAAUCAAAAUCGCUCAGAACGGUUCUACGAGAAACUUUGAAGCCCUUGAAAACUGUUCGAUGUGCCACUUUGGAACAAGAAAUCCCAUUCUACAUAUCUACAACGCUGACACAGAUUUGACUAGUCUUCGAGGCUAGUAUCACACUUGCUGGAUUCGACAAAGUGAACGAGUUAUGAAUGCAACAUCUUUGAGGCGGCCGGGGAAGCCUAUCGAGAGUCUUAACAGAGAAAUUGCCGAACACUCCACCAGUGAACAGAUAAACGUGUGGAACCCAAAGAUUCGCUGACGACGUCUUGACGUUUUUGCCUCAACACCCGUCAGACGAGACUGUAAGUAGACGUGAUUCUUCCACGACCCCUUGUCCUGCAGUCCACGCACGCCGUCAUCUCGGUACUUAAUCCAGCGGAAACAUGAUCAGUGAUACCAACCUCAUCGGAACGGUCUCGGAGGAGUCAGAAUUCCUCCAGGUGGAGAACAACCCGGAGGAUGCAGAGAAUCAAGACGCGUCCGAGGACCGGACGACCACCGGCAACUGCCACCCCAACCAGGCGAAGAAUGCAGCCAAUCCGCCGGCGCCCAGACGUCGUGUCAUCGGGGACCGGCCACGGCUGGUGGAUCGCACAGUCAGUGAGGGCCAACUCCUGGUGCCCAAGAAGAACCAGAGACAACACGAAGAUGAUGAUCAGCCAGACUUCUUCGAAUUCCGAGCCAAAGACAACGUAAUGAAAACGUAUUGGUUGCAGCAAACCUUCAUGAGUUGGUGGGCCUUGCGAAGUGCCCCAUUCGCCGCAGAUCUCCUGCCCUGCAAAGGGAGCACAGGCCUGACCACCAAGUUCUUGAAGGAGGUGACAGAGGUCAUUUUGGAGUACGUCCAGGCGACCUUCGAUCGUUCCAGCAAGAUUCUGGAGUUCCAUCAUCCCAACGAACUCAGGGAGCGACUGCACCUGGAGAUUCCCGACAAGGCCGAGAACUUAGAUCAGAUCCUUCAGGAUUGUCAGAACACGCUCAAGUACUGCGUCCACACUGGUCACCCGCGAUUUUUCAACCAGUUAUCCACGGGACUUGACAUUAUUUCUUUAGCGGGAGAAUGGCUCUCUGCAGCGGCUAAUACCAACAUGUUUACGUACGAGAUUGCACCGGUGUUCACGUUGAUGGAGCGGGCCAUCCUAAAGAAGAUGCGAGAGAUCAUAGGGUACAAAGACGGCGACGGUAUUUUCGCUCCCGGUGGCGCUGUUUCUAAUUUAUAUGCUGUGCUGUGUGCUCGGCAUAAAUACGUCCCGUCCUGCAAACGGAGAGGCCUGAGUGGGGCGCCAAACCUAGUGCUCUUUACGUCAGAACAUAGUCACUUUUCGUUGAAAAGAGCAGCGGCCAUCCUGGGCAUUGGAACAGACAAUGUCGUCUAUAUCGAUACAGAUAACAGAGGCAAGAUGAAUUUGGAAGACUUGGAGAACAAGAUUCAACAAGCGACUGCAAGAGGUGAUAAACCAUUCUUUGUCAACGCUACCGCCGGUACGACUGUGCUAGGUGCAUUCGAUCCGCUCAACGCAGUGGCCGACCUCUGUGAGAAGUACAGCUUGUGGAUGCACGUAGACGCAGCUUGGGGUGGCGGCGUUCUCAUGUCCAGGAAGCACCGACACAAAAUGGAUGGCAUCCAUAGGGCCGAUUCUGUGACGUGGAAUCCUCACAAGCUCAUGGGUGUCUUGCUUCAAUGCUCCGCUGUUCUUCUCAAAGAAGACUGUAUUUUAGAGGACUGCAACUCGAUGAGGGCGCCCUACUUGUUCCAGCAGGACAAACACUACGACGUAUCGUACGACACGGGUGACAAGACCAUUCAGUGCGGUCGGCACGUGGAUGUGUUCAAGUUCUGGCUCAUGUGGCGCGCGAAGGGAACACGGGGCUUCGAAAACCACGUCAAUAAGCUCUUCGAUCUAGCCCAAUACCUGCUGGAAAAGCUGAAGUCGAGAGAAGGGUUCAAACUUGUGUAUGACAAGCCUGAACACACCAAUGUAUGCUACUGGUACAUACCGCCUAGUCUACGAAGUAUGGAGGAGGGAAGGGAAAAACAGCUUCUGCUUCACAAGGUCGCUCCGGCGAUUAAGGCCCGCAUGAUGGCCGCCGGAACCCUGAUGGUGGGCUACCAGCCGCUAGGGAACAGGGUCAACUUCUUCCGCAUGGUGUUCUCUAACCCGGCCGCCACCAAGGCCGACGUGGACUUCCUCCUGGAUGAAACGGAGAGGCUGGGACGCGACCUGUGAUACGGACGAGGAGGUGGAGAUGAAGAUGGCGAUGGUGGUUCUAUCGGGGUGAGAAGGGUGAGAUAAGAUAAAAAAAAAGAGGUACAUGGAACCGAACAAGAUGCAUUUAGAAGGCAAAUAGUAGGAAGAGACACCACACGCCUGCAAACAGGAAUGAGAUAUCACUGCUUAUACAAGGUUUAAUUUGCUCUGUAUACUGUCAUGUAUCAUUACCCAAAUGUAGCUCCAUGUAUCAAAAUUGUCCCAUCACAGCUCAUCGUAAUCAUGUGGCACCGUUUGAAUUAUAAAGAUGGCACUUUUUCGACAGUCAAAUAACAAAAACGUUUACUUCCACUUGGAAGUGCAAGUACUUGGUUUGUAGUUUUAAAACAUCCAAAGAGUGAUAGCACAAGAACCUACCAAAGUGAGCAUGUUCGGGGUCGGACUAAAGAUUGGCAUCUAGUCAGUUGCUUCUUAUCAUCAAUGCGCAGGCGCAAUACAGUUACACUUAAACUUCCCUCACACGUUCACUUCCCUUAUGAACAGCCUCGUUCCCAUGGGUACAAUCUUGCCGCGCCAUGUUGGUUCCUACCAUGCCUUGUGCGAUCUAGUGGAAGAACGCUCAUGCAGCCCAUGGAGUCGAGGUUGCUUUGUGAACUAUUUGGUAAUAUCCGAAAUAUGCCAUCGGUUGCUACUCUCGCAGUAUUCAUGGUCAAUGAUAUCUCGUGCUGUUAUUUUCAUGUGAAUAAUGGGCGAUUCGCAAUAGUGCGCCUCCAAGAGUUUGCAAGGCGU